CUGUUAUCCUGACCUGACCUAACUUGACCCCUUAGAUCAGCUGCAGUGCACCCGAGAGAGGUUCCUCAUGGCGUGUCAGGCGAUUCACUGGAAACGGCCUUUAAUAAGAAGAAGCGAGACGCGCAUGUCUUCUGGAUUGAAAGCAUUACUGAUCUGCAGACACAGAUACGAGUCAUCCGAGCUUUCCAGUCCGGGCUUGAAGACUGUGUGGACUCGGAAAAAACUUGUCGAGACAGAAAGCGAAACCUGGGAGGUCGUCAGGGAGGAACCAGAGCAGCAGAACUCGACCGCGACUCCAUCGAUCUCUUCAUUGACUCCGAAGAGUUUAACAUGCCGGAAAUCGCCGGAUCCCGAUAGAGGAGCCCUCUUGAUAAAGGUACAGGAGGUGGACAGCCAGUCACACUCGAGGAGAAGAGGACUUCCACCCCUGAACUUGAACUAAAUAUGCCAGUGUUAAUGCCCAUGGGACGUGUUCAAUGAACAGUGAGCCACGUUCAACACCCAUGGGACAUGUUCAGUAAUCAGACAAACUCUCUGUUGUUGUACAAAUAUUAUAUACUUUAUGUGAAGCGCCAAACCCGUGUAUCAUUCAUCACAAGGGUAGUGGUAAAGGCUCGAUCCUCCGUCCAUUAACUGAGAGACAGACACUAACUGAAGGACUUUAGAGUGCACUGGUGGCCCUAUCAAAGCCUCACAUUUAGACUAAAAUUUUUCAAACGAUGUCUGAAAAUAAUAUAUGCAAUGUAUCUGCCAUAUAAAAUAAUUGUAAAAAUAUUUUAUGAUUAUCACUACAAUUAAAAUUACAAUACUUCAAAUUCAUUUUGCUACAAACUUGAAUUAACAUUGAAGCUGGUCUUUCAAUUCUUUUAUUUGCUUCUUUUACUGUUAGGCUUCUCAUAGUGAGCACAGUGAUUCAAGUACAGUAUUUAUUUUUCAUGCAAGACGAAAGGAAAGUAUUUCUCUGAAUAUUCAUGGUUCACUGUACCUAGUGGAUGGAGUAAUCAUAUUCUGUAUGGACACUCUUAACUUAAAACAUUUCCUGACAUAAUGUGAUAGCUAAAUGUAAAGAAAAAAACUUCUUAAUUGAUUAAUCACGCCUUUCUUUGUAAUCUCUCCAGACACGGUGGGUCAAUUGUACAAUGCAAAGGCAACACUUGGGUAUCUUCAAUGAGGAAACGUUUCGCCAAACAGUGGCUUCAUCAGUCCAUACAAAGGAGAAUGGUAAAGAACAGGAAGAGUUUGAGGUAAUCAGUCCCUCAGCCUUGAGUCGAUGUGGUUAGUCCAUUAAUCUUCCUGUUUUUCACCAUUCUCCUUUGUAUGGACUGAUGAAGCCGCUGUGUGGCGAAACGUUUCCUCAUUAAGGAUUUCCAAGUGUUGCACAUGUGUCUAAUUCAUCAACUUGUCGGUUCUCUGAACCAUUCAUCUACAUUCACUAUGAAAAGGGUUUACCCGGUAAGCCUAUUAUAUUUUUCUGUUAACCAAUGGCUGUUUGUAUGCAUUCCAUAUUAAUAUAAUUGUGUUUUUAGUUGUUUUAUAACACUUAAUUUCCUGCGUAUGCUGCAGUUUGUAUUAUCGCAUAAGAUGCGUUUCUGGUAUGGGUGUGUUUAAGAGGUAUUAUCAUAACUUUUCUCUGACAAUCAGCUCGAGGAAGAAACUUUACAACGCAUCAUUAUCGUAUCCACAUUAUUAUCGCAUCCGAGACAAUCAGGUUUUCAUGCAAGGAGGAUAAGCAGUGUUAAUUCUUUGGAUCAAAUGCCUUUCGCCGGCGUCAUGGAAACCCCUCUUCCCCACCGCACUGUUUCCAGAGCCGAAAGGAACGUUUGAGGGACAGUAAUUCAGUAUUUAUUGUUGAAAUGCGGAUUACUAUACCACAGUGCGUACAAAUAAAACAUUUUCUGAAGAUGACGGGCUGGUCCAUGAUGCUUUGUAGUAAGUUGCUGAAAUUACUGAGAACGUGAAGAAAAAUUUUGUUUUUAUUAUGACAUCAAAACAAUAUCCUGUGCCGAACGAGUUUGUCAGCUAACUAAACCUGCUUGGUAUUAAUAUAUUGGUAUUAAUAUAUUAAAAAUAUCAAGUGCUAAACCCGUAUUGGUACUAAAAGUGCUCAAAAUGUUACUCUCAUCCGACACUGGUAUAUGAUCGUCUGUGACAGGUUUAGCGAUUAUCAAGACGAUCAGGUCUGCUGCUCGGGUGUCACGUUCUUCACACAGUAUAAUCUACUACCAGGUUCAUCAGUCAUCAGAAAUGUUGUGGUUAUUUUUAUAAGGCAAAGCAUGUAUU